AGUUGAUCCACAACUGUGAUAAGGUACGUAUUUUAUGCAAACCCAAUGGUUGUGAGUUAGUGUUGAUGUGUCAGUUUGCUGUAUUAAAAUUCGUUCUUUAUGACCACUUUAGAGAAGGUUCGUGUGCUGGUUGUUGGAGACUCGGGUGUCGGGAAAUCAUGCUUAGUUCAUCUUAUAUGUCACAAUCAAGUUUGUUCAAAUCCUUCAUACACCAUCGGUGCUGCAGUUGAUGUCAAGAUACAUGAAUAUAAAGAAGGAACUCCAAAACAAAAGAGCUAUUUUAUAGAGUUAUGGGAUGUUGGUGGCUCUGUCAAUCAUUCUAAUAGUAGACAUGUUUUUUAUAAUCAAGUUAAUGGUAUUAUAUUAGUUCAUGAAUUAACAAAUAGGAAAUCACAGCUGAAUUUACGAAAAUGGCUCGCUGAAGUGUUAUCACGCGAUAAUGGGGGAGGAAGAUCGAAGUCAACAUCUGAGUAUGACCCGGAGCAGUUUGCAGGAUGUCAAGUACCUAUUUUAGUCCUGGGAACCAAAGCUGACCAAGUGGACAGUAAACGUGAAGCUUAUCUAUCAAAUACUUCUCUCAUAGCUGAAGAAUGCGGGGCAGAUGAGUUUAACUUAGAUUGUUUGAAUGUAAAGCACUUAGCUCCUGGUUCUACAAAUUCUGUGAAAUUAUCCAGAUUUUUUGAUAAGGUUGUUUUCCGGCGUUUUUAUCAAUACCCAGCGAGGGACUCUCCCCAAAAGGUGAUUGACAGAAGACAGGUGAGCAGAGAGAGUUCACAGGUCGGUUACAACUUCAAACAUGCUAGCAAAUUUUAAGUUUGUUGUUGGAUUUUGGGUCACAUCAAGAUCGACGUAGACUAAACAGCCAGAAGAGCUUCCACAUGGAUUAAUACCUCAUUCAGAUCAUGUACUACAGCCACUUCCUAUGUUCUCAUGUUAAACAAAUGUAAAAGAGCAAAGAUGUCUGUAGGUGUGGUUCUACUGCAUAUCGAUAUAGAAACAGUUCUCAUUGGUUCCUAAUUGGAUUUCCAAAAAGGACCGUGUAUUUUGACUUCACAUGGAACUUUUUUAUGGUGGUUGAUAUUGCAUUAAUACUUUACAUAUAAGAUGUCAUUAAUACUCAGAACGCAAUUCAAAAUGACUGAAGAAUUGACCUUUUAUAUAAAGGUAUAUUACAACAAAUUUUUGCAUGACUGAAAAGUUGCAAACAAUGAUGAUUCUGUGGAUCUGAAUAAUGACUUAUCUAUGUUGGAAUUCUCCUAUCUAGAGUAUUGUGGUGGUACAUGUUGAGGUGCAGGUGGUAGCUACUGUAUGUGUACUGAAUUGUGACCCUUAGCCUAUCUUAGUAAUAUCCAUGAUCCUACAUUUAAUGGCUCAGUUUCCAAUUGUAACAUAUACAGCCAUGGAAAUUAGUUGGGGAAUUGAAGCAGGUGCCCUGGAAAAUCAAGUACCUGACUUAACCACAAAAGCGUGAUCAGAAAGUAAGAUCAGUUGGAUUGGAUUUGGAUUAGA